AAAUGUUUUUUCUUUCCAGAUGUUUGCAUUAUUUCCAUUCAAAUGGAAAGUUGGAAGCCCACAGCGUGGACUGUCAACAGAUAAAUAACUGCGCGAUCGUAUUACCCAGCGAGGAGGACAAGUGGCUCAGCUUCAACAACCACAGCAGGAAGGAACGUGUGCCGUUUGUAGUGUACGCGGACCUUGAAUGCAUCUUGAAAAAGACUGAUACCGAUACCAAAGCAUACCAGCAUCAUGAGGUAUUUAGUAUUGCAUACUACGUGCAUUGCUCGUACGACAACUCGCAGUCAACGUACCGUUUCCGCCGCGACACGGAUUGCGUCGCGUGGUUCGCCGACCAACUCAAAGUGUUAUCACAACACGUAAAAGAAAAAUUAUCCACUAAUGUCCCUAUGGAAAAUUUGUCAAAGGAACAGUGGGGGGGCAUACCGUAG